UGCCGGGAGCGCGGGGAGCGCCGCGCGGGGAGGAGGCGGCGGCGCCGCCGGCUCGGUGCCCGGUCGGCGUCCUAGCAGGAGCACGGUCAUGGAGGUGGUGCUGGCCGAGGUGAAUAGCUUGCUUCCAGAGGAGAUAAUGGACACGGGUAUAACUUUAGUGGAUGAUGAUAGUAUUGACGCUGUCAUUGUUUCGUCCCCAAUUCCCAUGGAGACAGAGCUGGAAGAAAUCGUCAGCAUAAAUUCCGCAGCCGCGCCCGUCUGCACGGAGGCCGUCGCGGGGUACAGCAACCACACUGACCAAGCGGCAGCGAGCGCCGCAGCCCCUCAAGCAGACCCCAGCAGCGCAGUGAAACCAGCUCUCCCAAGUGGCCUUCAGAAACUUGGUGCUCAGACUCCUGUGACCAUCUCAGCCAAUCAGAUUAUUUUAAACGAAGUACCGCAGACAUCCGACCUUGAGCUCGGCAAUCGGACCCUUAAACCAGACGGACAGAAGCUAAUUCUAACAGCUCUGGGCAAGUCUGGCUCGCCGAUUGUUUUAGCACUGCCCCAUAGCCAGCUGCCCCAGGCCCCAAAAGUUCCAGCUCAGGCCCAGUCAGGAGAUGCUAAGUUACCAGCGUAGCAAAUUAAAGUAGUGACCAUUGGAGGGAGGCCAGAGGUGAAACCUGUCAUUGGUGUCUCGGCACUGACCUCAGGAAGUCAACUGAUUAACACUACAGCCCAGCCCUCUGUGUUACAGACCCAACAGUUAAAAACAGUACAGAUUGCUAAGAAGCCUCGAACACCAACCUCUGGUCCAGUAAUCACGAAGCUGAUCUUUGCAAAACCAAUUAAUAGUAAAGCGGUUACAGGACAGACAACUCAAGUGUCACCACCGGUCAUUGCAGGUAGGGUUCUCUCACAAUCCACUCCCGGAACUCCAUCAAAGACCAUAACAAUAUCUGAAAGUGGUGUUAUCGGAUCAACUUUAAAUUCUACAACACAGACACCAAAUAAAAUAGCCAUCUCACGUUUGAAAUCGCCAAAUAAGGCCGUGAAGUCCGCCGUGCAGACCAUCACUGUGGGAGGGGUGGGCGUGUCACAGUUUAAGACGAUCAUCGCUCUGGCGACCGCUCCCAACAUCCAGCAGAUCCAAGUGCCUGGAAGCAAGUUCCAUUAUGUGCGGCUGGUUACGGCCACCAUGGCCAGCAGCUCCGCCCCGCCUGUCAGUCAGAACGCCAGCACCAACACCCAGUCCCUCCAGCAAGCAAAGCCAGUGGUUGUCAACACAACUCCAGUGAGGAUGUCAGUUCCAAUCGUCUCAGCUCAGACUGUCAAACAAGUUGUCCCCAAACCCAUCAACCCAACGUCGCAGAUAGUGACCACCAGCCAGCCGCAGCAGCGGCUCAUCAUGCCUGCCACGCCACUGCCCCAGAUCCAGCCCAACCUCACCAACCUGCCGCCCGGCACCGUCCUGGCUCCGGCCCCGGGGACGGGCAACGUGGGUUACGCGGUGCUUCCAGCGCAGUACGUGACUCAGCUGCAGCAGUCUUCGUAUGUGUCCAUAGCAAGCAACUCUAACUUCACCGGCCCCUCUGGUAUCCAGACCCAGGCACGGCUUCCAUUCAACGGGAUAAUCCCGUCAGAGUCUGCCAGUCGGCCCAGAAAGCCCUGUAAUUGUACAAAGUCCCUGUGUUUGAAAUUAUACUGUGAUUGCUUUGCAAAUGGCGAAUUCUGCAAUAACUGCAAUUGUACUAAUUGUUAUAACAAUUUGGAACAUGAAAAUGAAAGGCAAAAGGCAAUAAAGGCCUGCCUAGACAGAAACCCAGAAGCCUUUAAGCCUAAGAUAGGGAAAGGGAAGGAGGGCGAGUCGGACCGGCGUCACAGCAAGGGGUGCAACUGCAAACGCUCGGGCUGUCUCAAGAACUACUGCGAAUGCUACGAGGCAAAAAUAAUGUGUUCCUCCAUAUGCAAAUGCAUCGGCUGUAAGAAUUUCGAAGAAAGCCCCAAAAGGAAGACCCUGAUGCACCUGGCGGACGCGGCCGAGGUCCGGGUGCAGCAGCAGACGGCCGCGAAGACCAAGCUGUCCUCCCAGAUCUCCGACCUGCUCACCAGGCCCGCGCCCGCGCUGAGCAGCGGCGGGGGGAAGUUGCCAUUCACGUUUGUCACUAAGGAAGUCGCCGAAGCCAUGUGCAACUGCCUCCUGGCGCAGGCCGAGCAGGCGGACAAGAAGGGCAAGUCCAAGGCCGCAGCUGAGCGCAUGAUACUCGAGGAGUUCGGACGAUGUUUGAUGAGUGUCAUCAGCUCGGCGGGCAAAGCAAAAAGCGACCGUUGUGCCAUGAAUUGCUGACUCCCGCGCGAAACACCGACCAGUGGAACGGCACAGAAAAUUGAAGAUUCAGUGAGGGGUUUGAUCAUAACUGGAGGCAGGAGCUGGACAGCCAGUCCCUUUCCUUCCAGGUGCACUCUGCAGGCCACGGCUGUGAGUUCCUGUUCAAGUCAGGGUGACUUAGCCAGGGAUAACAAAAGACUCUGAGGAAUGGACCAAACGUGUCCAUAGUUCAUAUCUCUGGUAUGAUGGACUUGGGUUCCGGAGGGCAGACUCUGAAGGAAGUGAAGCUAAAACUAUCACACUUUAGGAGCUUCCAGGGAUGUCUUUUCAGAAGCUUGUAGUGUAGCGUCAAUCAGCUCAUCUGGUCAGAUGACCUUUUGCCCUGUAGGGCACCAUACUACCUUUCUCCGAAUCACACAACAGGAAGCCCAUAGGUCCACACACGCCAAUUGUGAUUGGUGGAUGCGAUGCCCCCCAGGAGGACUACCCAAUCACCUUGAGGGCUCUGCGGUUGGUUGACAGGAUCACCCCGUGACUUUUCAUCCAGUCAGGUGGCGCGAUGGCCCGUGACGUAGGGAAGCGAGGUCCAUAAAAACGGGUCCCCAACGGCCAGAAACCGCCACAUUCGGUUCUCCAGAGCCCGUGACAGUUGUCUCCGCCAUGGCUGAGCCUUCGUCUGAGAUGUCCUCCGACGCCUGGUCGGUCACCAAGGAGCCUGAAGAGGCUGAAUCGACGACGACGACCCAGAAGAAGCA